CCCAUAUCUCUGGUCUCAUCGAUCACUACAUAUUAUACAUGUGCCUGUCUGCUCCACAGUUGUUGACAAAAAAUGGGAAAAUGAUUGGAGCUAGUCACCAAUUUCUAUAAUAAAAGUUCAUUGAGUUUGAAAAUAUCACCAGACUGACAAAUGUUUCCCAGUAAUAGAUUACUGUUGUCCCUCCGCAAUAUUGCAAAGAGUCACAUCAAGAGAUGUAUAACCUCGAAGACUGCUGUUACUCCAGAACAGACUGAAGAAUCAGAUGUCAAAAGUAUUAUAAUUUCAAACACUGGAGCUAUCACGCUGUUUGGAUUGAGUCGUCAUGACCGAAAAAAUGCUCUGGACAGUGCAGCAGCUCAAGAAUUAGCUGAUGCUCUAAACGAAUUCGAUGAGAAUGAAGAGGCGAAAGUUGGGAUUAUUCAUGGGAUCGGUGGGAAUUUUUGUUCAGGAUUCGACUUGGAGGAGAUAGCUAAAUCAGAAGGGGAUUCUGAUAGAUUACCACACUUUGGGGCUUUAUGCACACGAAAUCAGCUAUCGAAAAAGCCUCUGAUAGCAGCAGUAACUGGAUAUGCCAUUGGGGCAGGCUUCGAGCUGGCCCUGAUGUGCGACAUGAGAGUUCUCGAGGAAAAAUCACGAAUGGGUUUUCUAAACAGGAGAUUCGGCAUUCCAAUUAUGUGUGGAGGUACCGUGCGAUUACCAGCAAUGAUUGGAUACUCCAGAGCAAUGGAUUUGAUAUUAACAGGAAGGGAAAUCAGUGGAGAAGAGGCCUUCAGCUGGGGGUUGGGAGCUCGUCUAGUUGCCUGUGGCGCAGCUCUAGGCCAGAGCAUAUCCCUGGCGCAAAUGAUUUUGAAAUACCCUCAAGGGGCUCUGCUGGCCGACAGGACGUCCAUGAAUUACGCAACUUUCGGUGGAAAACCGAUAGAGGAAGCUCUGGAAUUCGAGAGAGACAACGCCACGGAUUUCCUCCUCGAUGAUGGGAUCAAGGGGGCCCAGAGGUUCGUCGACGGUUUUGGAAGGCAUGGGAAAUCAACGAAUAUCACGAAUAGUGACCGAACGAGCUUCAGAAAGCUCGAGGAUGAGGUCGUGUAGUCAUUCUUGAAUGUGCAACGAAUCUCUUGCUCAAAAUACCCGAGAAUUUCAAGGGAUUUUGGAGAAAAUGUAAACUACAUUUAUCUAAUUGUCAUUUUGCGAUGUUUCGUUAAUUAUUUUAGCCUCGUCAGCCUCUGGAAAAUUGCAUACAAAUGAGAAAUAAAUAAAUACACUUGACUGUCAGA